AUGUGAACAGUCGGAAAUCACACAGUUCGGUUUAUAUUUGGAACAGUUUGCCGUAAUGGAAUCUAAAAAACUGAAAACUGUUAUAAGUGCCGAGGAAGAGCACUUGGCUUCCAAAUCCGUAAAAACAUCCAAAAAGGUAAUAAAAAAAAUCUUCGAGAAAAAUGAGAAAAUCGAGUCGGAAAUAUCGGGAACCACAGAUGCGGAAAGAGAUAUCAAAUCAGUUUCUGGAAUCAUUUUUGAUGACUCCUCAAUGAUUUCGAAAGACGCUAAUAAUAUUUCAAAGAAAAAGGGAAAAUCAAAAAAAUCAAAGAAACAUGAUUACGACAGCCAGAAUAUAUCAGUGAAGAGCAGUUUCAAUAAAUUUGACGCCCUUCAGAAGCGCAGCUUAAUCCAUGUACGUUCAAGUGAUUCAAGUAAAGCUCAAGAAAUAUUCAGUAACCCACAGGAUGAACAACAGACAAACUGUCGGCAAUGCAACAGACCAGUCUAUAAAAUGGAGGAGAUUAUAGUUCAGUUCAAAGGCGAUAAAGGAAUCUAUCACAAGACUUGCUUGCGUUGCAAGGAUUGCGCCAAGCAGCUUAAAUUCGAUAAUUACCAGAGCCACGAAGGUAAUCUCUACUGCAACGUACAUUUCAAGUUGCUGUUUGCACCCAAGGUAGUUGAACAGACGGAUGAACCGAAGGCUCGCAAAGCGGAGCUUAUAAUUCGUGAAAGUCAGCCGACUGAACUUCCGGCGGAUGUUGUGCGUGCAUCUGACAAACCGGAUCUGGGACUCGAUGAGCUGCAUCAGCUGCAACUGAAUGUCCGCUCAAGAUUUCAAGUAUUUGAGAAUGUGGAACAGAAGAAACUUGAGGAGGAGCAAUUGCGAAUACAGCAACGUCCAGUGAUUAAACGGAGCACCUCGAUCCUUACAAAAUACCGCAUAAAUAGCUGCGACAAUGAAAACGAAUUUGGUCUCCUUGUUGAUAAUAACAGUGAUGAGAGUCCCGACGAAGAUUACGACGAGAAGAACGAAGAUGCCGACUUGGUACGCUCCAAGAGAUGCACCCAAAAGGAGCGACCUAUCGGACUGGGCGAUGCCAUGAAUGACAUCAAGACCAGGUUCGAGAAGGGACACCUGCAAUCCAAGGAAGAGCGCCGUGAGGAGCGAAAACAGGAGAUCCAAAACAUACGAUCACGUCUAUUCAUGGGUAAGCAGGCGAAGAUUAAAGAGAUGUAUCAACAGGCGGUCGCUGAAUCGGAGCAGGCAAUAACUUCCGUUGGAAAGAAGCCGGACAUUGGAGUGGACAUUGGAGUGGCAGCGCGUUCCAUAAAGGAUCGAUUUGAGAACGGUCAAAUGUUUUCGGACAAAUCCUAUGACCCAGAGACAAACCCAUACAGCCACCCAAAUAGCUCAGGACUCUCAGAGGAUGCUGAUGUGUUCGAGUCGGGUAUAAGCAAGAAGUCACGCAGCAUUUUCAUGGAGCUCGAUGCGAAUAUGACAUCAAAUACAAAUGCCCAUGAAUUACAGAGAAAUAGAUCAGCCACGCUUACCAAAAGCGUAAGCCAAAAUCAAUUAAGCCCAGCGAACGGCGAUACAGACGUGGUCAAAUCCGACGCAAAGCCAGAAGAUGUUAAGAUAGCAACAGCUGAAAUAAGUCAAAAGUUCAAAUUUUUUGAAACGUAUCGACCCAACGAUGCUAAAAAACGACAGUUCCGGAUAACGCCACCUCGGGAAGGGGUUGUAAAAAUGCCCACACCCGAUUCGGAUGCUGAGCAACUGGAUGAUUUACUAAAUGGGAAAUUGUCAUCAACAUCGUUUCACGAUAAUGUGCUCCAGAAAACACAGACCACGUCGACCAUGCUAAAUAAAUUUCGCGAAAUGGAGCUGGGAAAAUGCAAGGGAACGGAACUGAAGGGUCCAAGGCCACUCAAGUGUUUCACUCCUCCCCCCGAAGAUGGUCGUCGUUCUUACGAUAAUAAAUCAAAUAGCGAAGAGGACGAAGACGAGGACGAGGAUGAGGACGAGGAGAGUGACGAUGAAGAAAGCGAUCUUGACAAAGAAAUGUUGGAUAUUCAUUCCAAUAAUGACGAGGCACUCAAAGAGGCACAAAAUGCAGCUCGGGCAAAACAAUUACGCGCCAAAUUUGAAAAGUGGCAGGUGAAUGAAAUCAAGCGCGAACUUAAUGAGGGAUAUGUCGAUAUCUAUUCGCAGCAGGUUUCCGAUGAUUCAACAAUAGAAAGUGCCAAAACAAUACGUGAGCGCUUCGAAAAUAUGACGAACUUUGAACGUAAAUCACCAAGCGGUCCCCGGUAUCAGGUUAAUCGAUUUGUUUAACAUUAAUGGACAUGGAAAGCUAAAUACCGAAUCACUUAAUCUCGUUAAACAAAAUAAUUUGUUCUGACUGAACAUUAAAACCGUAGUUUCCAUUUACGACGUGCGCCCACUUUUGUCAUGCCAAUGCCAAAACGGAUUUUCAAAAGCUUUACUUUUUCUAAAAGCUAAUUAAUAUAUCUAUAUUUCAUUCAUACACAAUCUUAGAUUAAAACCAGUAGUUUUAGAGCUAUCAAUUUUUGAAUUAAGAAAAUUAUGAUUUUUCGCUUAACUUCCUCUUAAGAUAUAUCAUCCAAUCUCGCAGGUUGGGUAUAUGGUAAUAUGUUGUAUAUCUCUACCGAAUUUGGUUCAAAUUGGUUGACAUUUCAAUAUAGCUGCCAUAGGAACGAUCAAUCAGAACGAUCCAGCUUUAGUAUGAAAAACAUUUUUAUUUUUUAAGAUAUUUCAAGCAAACUCACAAACUGUGUAUUCUAUAUUGAUCCGUUUUGGCAUUAACAAGUAAGGAUGACAAAAGUGUCUCUUAUCAAAAUGAAAUACGAAGCGCACAGACGCACAGCGAAUUAAAAAUAGAAUUAAAUUAUUAAUUAAUUAAUUAUUCUGCAACAACAGUCUCUUUAGAAAGUUUCGAUUGGCUUUGAAUACAUUUUUCAGAUUCUGUUCCCAAAUUUUAAAGUAAUGUAACUUGUGGCUGAGAAAUGAACAGAAAAUAAUUAUAUAAAUUCCUACAUACAUCUUUUUAAAUCUAUUAUAAAUUUUUUACUGAAUUUGUUGUGAAAUUCGAUUGUUAAAAUAAUAUGAUGCUUAUCGCCUUUCGACUGGAAUAUAUAUAUAUAUAUAUAUUCCUUUCGAUCUUUAUUGCUUACAACAAUUGUGAUUAAUCACAGAACGCGGAAUAAUGUAACGACAUAUUUUAUAUGUAUACAUGAUUGAUUUUAAUGUGGCAAAUACAAGUUAUUAUCUUA